GUCCGGGCGGGACGGAUCCCGCGGCGGAGGCUCGAGCCGGUUUAAAAAAAUACACCCUUUUGCUGAAGGAACACAUUUGCUGGUAUAGUUUCAGAAUGUCAAGUCCUGUGUCCUACUGGAUCUUAAAUUCUGCAAGGAACAGCAUUGCCACAUUACAAGGGGGCAGGCAUUUAUAUUCAAGGUGUGUCUCAAGUAGGAAUAAAUCAAAAAGGACGCUCUUUCCCUGGGUAUCAAGCACCCUAAAAAACAAUGCCCCGUGUGGUGACUUUGCUCUGCCGAAAGCCUACAGACACACAUCGACAGAGGAAGACGAUUUCCACCUGCAGCUCAGCCCUGAGCAAGUAAAUGAAGUGUUGCGAGCUGGUGAGUCAGCCCACAAGAUUCUUGACCCCGUCAGCGGAGUCCCAAAUUCAGUGUUGCGGUUUGAGAGCAACCAGCUGGCUGCCAAUUCCCCAGUGGAGGACCGGCGAGGUGUGGCCUCCUGCCUGCAGACCAAUGGGCUGAUGUUUGGUGUCUUUGACGGACAUGGUGGCCAUGCAUGUGCUCAAGCAGUAAGUGAGAGGCUCUUCUACUACGUGGCAGUGUCACUGAUGUCUCAGCAGACCUUGGAGCAGAUGGAGGAAGCGAUGGAAAGCAUGAAGCCCAUGCUGCCCAUCCUGCAGUGGCUCAAGCACCCAGGGGACAGUAUCUACAAGGAUGUCACAUCAGUGCACCUUGAUCACCUCCGGGUCUACUGGCAGGAGCUGCUUGACCUGCACAUGGAAAUGGGACUGAACAUUAAGGAAGCAUUAAUGUACUCCUUCCAGAGACUCGAUUCUGACAUCUCGCUGGAAAUCCAGGCCCCUUUGGAAGACGAGAUGACAAGGAACCUUUCCCUCCAGGUUGCUUUCUCUGGGGCCACAGCUUGCGUGGCCCAUGUUGAUGGGGUUCACUUGCAUGUGGCAAAUGCUGGUGACUGCCGGGCCAUCCUUGGUGUCCAGGAGGACAAUGGCAUGUGGUCUUGUCUGCCCCUUACCUGCGACCACAAUGCCUGGAACCAGGCUGAGCUGUCACGGCUGAAGAGGGAGCAUCCUGAGUCAGAAAACAGGACAAUCAUCAUGGACGACAGGCUGCUGGGCAUCCUCAUGCCCUGCAGGGCAUUCGGAGAUGUCCAGCUGAAGUGGAGUAAAGAGCUGCAGCGCAGUGUCCUGGAGAGAGGCUUUGACACCGAGGCCCUCAACAUUUACCAGUUCACCCCCCAGCACUACUACACUCCACCCUACCUGACUGCUGAGCCUGAGAUCACAUACCACAGGCUGAGGCCCCAGGAUAAGUUCCUUGUGCUGGCGUCAGACGGCCUAUGGGACGUACUGGACAAUGAGGAUGUGGUGAGGCUGGUGGUGGAGCACCUGAGUGAAGCAGGUCGGCACAAGCCAGACCUGGCCCAGAGACCAGCCAACCUGGGACUCAUGCAAAGCCUGCUGCUGCAGAGGAAAGCCCAGGGGCUUCACGUUGCCGACCAAAAUGCAGCCACACGUCUGAUCAGACAUGCCAUAGGGAGCAAUGAGUAUGGGGAGAUGGAUCCAGAACGGCUGACCGCAAUGCUGACAUUGCCGGAGGACUUGGCGAGAAUGUACAGGGAUGAUAUCACUGUCACUGUGGUGUAUUUUAACUCAGACUCAAUUGAUGCAUAUGAUAAGAGAGGUUAAGAAUUUCUCAUCCUAUUGCCAAGGUUCAUUUAAAUGCUCUCAGAUAUUUUCACUUAUUCUUAAACUGGCUAUUCAAACCUGUUAAAAGGGUAGUCAGGUGUAGCUUGCUUAAUAAUAGACUAAUGUGAAAAGAAAAGAAAAGAAAACAAGCAGCCCAAGUUUAAAAACAAUAGCGGUGAUUUCAUGCCCCUGGGUGUUUUGGUCACCUCUUCUAAGCAGAGAGGGCAGAGCAUAGAGACAUAAAUUUGCUUGGGCUCAUGUAGCCCAGGUCCUUUUAUAAAGAAACUGUUGUUAAACUGUCAGCUUGACCCUCCAAAUGGUAAAUAUUUUUUUAAAAUAUGUUUUUAUUUAUUUUAGAGAGAGGGAAAGGGAGAAAGAUAGAAACAUCGAUGAGAAAGAAACAUCAAUUGGCUGCCUCCAGCACACCCCAAGCCCGCAACCCAGGCAUGUGCCCUGAACAGCAAUCGAACCCAGGACCUCUUGGUUCAUGGGUCGAUGCUCAACCAUUGAACCACCCUGGCUGGGCUCCAAGUGGUAAAUUUAAUCACAAUUCUAAACAUGAAGAACUUCAGGAUCUUCUGAGGUUUUGCUGCAAAACUGCAAACUUGAUCAUUUUCCUCAAUUCAUAAUCGUGAACUUCUAGACUAUGAAGGGAGGUUUAGUUUGUUUGAUUGUUUUAAUUACUAAGAGCUAGGUUUACAAAGGAUAUUACAGAACACUUUUCUAUGCAAUAUUCUAACCUUUCUCAUGAUUAUACUUGUGAAAACACUUUGCAGUGCUGCAUUCUAGUCCUAUUUUAGCUUAUUUUAAAACUGAGUCUCAAACUUGCAAACAGGCCUGCUGUCAGCAUGCUUGGAAUGACCUGUCUUGAUUUCCAGCUGAGGGUGAGAGGGGCUAGGCCUCUGGACCAGCGGAAUUUACUUGUAUGGCUUUUGGUUCCUUCCACUGGGUCCUAUCCCCUGAACUUUUGAGCCAUACUAGGAGGUAACUUCUGUCUAAGCCUUAACUUCUGGCCUUUCCUGCAUUAAUAUUGUCUCCAGGGUUUAAACCUCUGGGGGUUUAGUCAUAAACCAGUUAGCCAUUCUGGUUAUACCUCUCAAACAUUCUUCUGUUAAUUCCUGUCUUUUCUAUGCUAAGCUCCCUCAUCCUGCUGCUUCUAAUUGCAAAGAAUGCUUCCAUUUCACAUGGUUGCAGGGAAGGAGAAAAUGUGCUCUCCUUGUGUCAGCCGAUUAGGCAGGACUGGUUUGUUGCAGUGGAUUAUAGACUUAAGAUUUAGCCUGAAUCUGGAGAGGUGAAACAGGAAGGACCUGAGAGUAGUCAUUAACCACGGCUCCCCGGCUCCCCGUGUGCAUCCCGAGGCAGUGGAGAGGGGGGCAGAGGGAGAUUUGUCAGAUGGGACACUUGCCCCUAGAAUGUGGGAUAAAUCACGUUGCUUCUCCUCAGGAACUGGACCAUAUAUAGAAUAGAGAGGGGGCAAAAAUAAAUGUAACCUGUAAUGACUUCUGUGGGCUGCACAGACUGUCAGUUGGAAAAUGAAACCAUGUGGAUCCUUUUUUGGGAGGUGAGUUUCAUGUGAUGAAUUAUGGUGGCAUUUAAACAACAGGAAAUGUGUCCCUAAAUGGAAACACAAAUAAAAUCCCACAAAACUGA